GGUCUUUGAAAGGCAGAUUUGAGAGAGCCACGGAAGGCUUGCUGCCAUUUUCAGGAUUUUGCUUAUGGGAUUGGAGGGCAGGGAAAAGCAGGGUGGUUUUGCAUCACCAACCAUAGGCAGCGAGGCCCUGCUCUGCCUGAAAAGCCCUUUGAACUGCUUUGCAGUUUAGCAUAGACCCCACAGCUGUGGCUUUCUGCUCUGCGGUGCUGGAUGGAACGAGAUGGCAGCAUAGGCACAAUACCAGGGCUCAGAGCGGUCUACAUCUGACAGCUGGGCUUCACUGAGUUGUAGGCUCCCAGCUGGGACAGGGUGAACUUUGAGAGGCCGAACAUCCAGGGAGCAGAGAUCACAUCCCUCCCCGAAGGACCGGAGGAAGCCUUCUGCAGGCCUUGGGGUGCAGCUGCAAGCAGUUGGUGUCCUGCACGUGCCACCUCUGCUGCUCCCCUUGAGAGAAGAUGAAGGUGCUGCUGGACCUGGCUCUGGUGCUGACAUUGCUGGGGAGGAGCAGCAGCUUGGCUGGAUGGGUGUUCACAGAGCCCUGGCUCCAUGCUAGCGCUGGGGACUCCGUCCUGCUGCGCUGCCUCUUCCAAGACCCAGAGGCCACGGGCUGGACGGUGACCAAAGUGGACUGGCUGCGUGUGCCGGGGGCUGGCAAACAGAAGGAGGAGAUGGUAUUUUAUUACUACAGCAACUCUAGUGUCCCCGUGGGCCAUUUCCGAGACCGGGUGCGGUGGCAGGGAGAUGUCUCGUGCUGGGAUGGCUCUAUCCAGCUGCAGGAUGUGCAGGUGAACGACAGUGGCAGGUACACGUGUGAGAUCCGUCUGUUUCAGCACGGCAGCAUCUUCAAGAACCACACGAUGCUGCGCGUCAGCCCUGCGACACCGACAGAUAGAGGAGCAGAAAGUGCCCAAGUCCUGGGGCGUACCGGAGUUUGGGCUGUGACCGUGUGCUGCAGCGCUGUGGCUGUGGUGCUGGCUUUCCUGGCAGGACUCAACCUGAGGAAGAGGUCUGCAGCCACCACGGCCCUGGAGAGAGCCAGAAAUGACGGCAGCAAGGACAAAGCCAAGGAAGGGCUUUACUCCUCGAUCCCUGAAGCUGAGGCGCCUAAGGCUGAUCGGGAUGCAGGGAAGAAGAAGAGAGCUGACGAGACCUACAUCACCAUGCACCCCUCCGUCCUCCAUGAGAAUGGCGUCUACGUGGAGCUGGCCAGGGGGGUGAUCCCAGCAGAGUGGAUGGCAGAAGGCAGACAGGAUGGCAGGCACAGCGAGCAGCCCUACAGCCAACCCCAGGAGGGACUUCCUCGUGUCCCGGAGAGGGAGAAAUAGCCAUGCUGGGGCUGUAAACCCCUUAACCAGCAGCUACGUGCAAGACUUCUUUGCUCCUUUGGCUGCUGUCAGCCCUUCACUGUUAUCUCCAUUCUGAACUGCUGCUGGGACAUGGCUUGUCCAGCAUCUGCAAGGUGACCUGGGGAGGUGUCCCCUCUGGAUCCCUUCUCCCUGGCUCCCAGAAAGGGACACAGAGGACACAGUCCCCACUUUCCAGCACUGAUCAAGGUCCACGCUGCUCCAGGACUGGAAUUAAUGAGGAGAGCCUGGCUGGGGAGGGAAGAGGAGGAGGGGGGGGGGGGGGGGUUGCGGCUGUGCAGUGGUAUCUUCUGCAGUUAAUAAAAGUCAGCGAGGCCCAGGGAGCCUUCCUCUUUCCUGGCUUCCUUUUACCUCCUG